CGACAGAAACACUUUGUCACACCUGAACAAAUCUAAGGCCGCUUUGGUAAACGCGAUAUGCGUACGUGUUUUGCUAUUGUGCUUACGAUCAAUAUUGGGACAUAUUUGGUGAUCUUAGCAUCUAGAUAAGUUCUCCAGAGAGACAUCGCAUUGAAAACAUGGACAAAAAAGUCAAGAUAGCUGCAAUGGUCACAACGGUCAUGUUAGUUCUUCUCACCGUUCUAGUUUUAGUUUUGACAAUAGAUUCAUUUGAUCCUUCCGUGGCUUGUUGCUCGAACUUGACCAUAUCAGGAACUAAGAAUGCAGAUCCUUUCUAUCAAAACAUCAUGGGCGUCUAUGAGCCCUAUGCCAACCAGAGUUCAAUCACCUAUGGCGACAAAAACUUUCCCGUGUACAUGCACACACUCACGGAGAAUCGCAGCGAAUUUGGAAUGGGGCCCAGACACUCAUUUUUGUACUACUACAAGAAUGAAAUCCCGGCUCUCAAUGAAACCGAGUGUCCUGAUGGAUGUUGGAUGAUUGGGAUGUAUGACCCCACACCGGGAAAUUACUGGUUUGGACGGAAAUAUUGGCGCUUCACGGGGUUUCAAGAGGCUUGUCCAGAUUCGGCCAGUUCAUCUGGAGGAGAAAUUUUGAACGAUAGAGGGCAACCCGACUCUCUCAUCCUGAAAUGUCUGGCUUGAACUGGAUCAGCGGCUCCUGGCAGCCAGGCAGGUGGCUCAGGUGCCCUAGUGAUUGGUCUUUGAUGCCAACUCAAUGAUUCGGAUCCAAAUAGGAGUCACUGAAUACGAAAAUAAUGUUGUCACUAAAUUUUGGGAAUAAUCAAAAUGAUUGGAUAUUGAAUGGGUUGGACGAAGGAGGCUUCAAAGAAAUUGAUUCAUUCGAGUCUGCAUCAUCUCGAAUCUCAACUCCUAUGUUGAGAGAGUCUACCAUCACUACUUGCAGGUGUAUUCUUUGUGUCAGCGCGCGGAGUAAAAACCAUAAACCGUUUGAGCCUAAAUUUGUAUUUAGUACUGAUACAUAAUUAAAAUGAUAACCAUAA